UUGCCAGUGAAGUGGGCAUUUGUGAUUUAAUGUCAUGUAAGAAGAUUUAUAUCAUGCUUAAAACUACCAUAAAAACUGUUAUCUUAGUACUAAGAAAUGAAAAGUAGAACUGUAGGUUUUCGUCGUUAGCUGGGAACCUCGGCGUAUAUUAAGAUUUUCCCGGAAGUCUAGUUUUUACGUGGCAGGGAUACCAAAUAAUUGUUUCACGAUAUAGGCGGGACAGACCAGCCAUUGGGUUAGAAAAGUUUUGAAACCCAGGGACUAUACACUGAGAUUCAAAAGUGUUUGAUUGGAGUGGAUUGGAUAUACGUCAAUAUAAAUUUUAAUAGUUGCAGUUAAAUUUUAAUUCAGUUUUUUUUGUGUAACGUUUUAAUUUGAUUGUUUUGUAAACUGAACACGUGACAGACAUUUUAAAACAAUCGCUUAUUUCGUUACUUUGGUAUUCAAAGUUUCAACCAAAGGAGUCGUAAGCAGGUCUCCGCAGUCGGCUUCUUAUCGUCAACGACGUCGCCGCCGACGACGACGACACAGAAGACGGAAGAUGAUUCAGGCGGAAGUCAUGCAGGCUUUGGAGACAAUCGAGCAGUUUGAGGGUGUUUCCUCUACCUACCUAGGGGGCAGUCUUCCCAACCCAUUUGACCCUUUACAGUACGAGGACAUAACAACCCCAAGCACCCCAGCAUAUGACGAUUACAACCAAGCUUCUUUUUAUCACGACCUCCAAACACCGUUUAUAAAAGGCGCGUCUAAUUACAACGCCUUUGAGUCCCAGAAAAAUACCUGUGGGGAGUUCAUGGCAGACUUUGGCCAUGUUAAUACACUGAAUAACAUUACCACAGACCCAGUGGAUUCGGAUCCUUACGGUUGCCAUGGCAACGGGUACAAGUCCGACGCGUCGACUGGCCUUGAUACCUUUGCCGGAACGACGGCGAAUUCUACCGACGCCCCAAUCAACAUUAUUUCGACAAGUAGUGAGGGGAAUGGAAGUUCUGAUUCAGAGGAUGACAAGUUCGACCAAAAUGAAAGCAUCCCGGUGACAGUGAAUGGCGGGAAUGACGCGAACAUCAAACAGCGGAUGGCAGACAAGAUCCGGCAGCGCCGGGAGUCACAGGGCGUCGGUGAAAUCCCAGUUGCAGAGCUUUUCCUGCCCUCCAAGCAAUAUCCGAUGACGCCAGAAGAAAUGGUUAAGGAUGACCUUCGGAAGAAACGGAACAGGCAGUCCGCAGAGAAGAGUCGGAAGAAACGGAUAGCGAGAGAAAAGCUGCUUGAAAAGGAACAUGAUGAGGAAGAGGAGAAGAACCAGAAGCUGCUGAAAGAGGUCCGCUUUCUGCAGGUUGUCAAGAACCUCUUGGUGCAGAAGAUAAAGACUCACGGGUCGAAAUGUGAACUGCGAAACAGAGUGGGCAACGGUGGCGCAUCGGGUGAAUCGCCAUCUCCAUCGGGACUGAAACGCGGAUCUUCUGGGGUUCCGGCAGGAGGAGAGCCUUCUCCGAAAGUUUCCAGGUGUUCAGACAGCUCUGAAUCUAGUUAUUCCAGAUCAUUUUUGCGGACUUCUUCGGCUUCGUGUACCAACCGCAGCUUUACUGAAAUAGCGCAACAGUCAACAGUUUCCAAUGUCAGUUCCUCAUCAUUCCCCUUACUGAACUCACAGAGACUAGCAACAGCGAUUUCGGCAAUUGCAUCAGAAACUCCAUCGAUAGCCAGACAACAAACCUGGCCUGCGACGAUAAAUACAACGUCUGCUAUCGCAAAUUCGAACCCCAGUGUUUCGCUUCCGGUAGUCACGUCACCACCGCCUUAUCCCGGGAUCACGCGCCAGCAGACAACAACAGAGCACUCCAGUAACGUUUCAAAAAGCCCUGAGGAGGAAAAAGAAGCUAUUAGAGUUAUCAGAGAAAGCCUAUUAAACGGUUUUGCGUCAUCAAGAUAACGCUGAAUACGUCACUGGUCAUAUAUAUCAUAAUCAGCGUGUCAUCGAUUUCUGACGUACAUUUACACACUACCUAUCACCAAAGUUGACGUUCAAUUGACGUUGAUAUAAUACAUUUGCAAAAUGUGUUUUAAUCGCGUCGUAAUAUCAUGAUACAUUAUAUAUGCAUACAUGUAAACUGAUAUAUUUGUGUGCAUUUUGGAUGUUUAUUUUUAACAGAAUGGUGUAUAUAUUAAUAUAAUCUAUACUGGUAUUUGGUGCGUUUAAAAAAACUUGAUCUGUGAUUUUCAAGAAUGUUGUGCUUCAUAAGUUUCCCCUUAUUUUUCUCCAAACAUCAUAUUUUGGGGCAAAAUUGUAAGUUUAAACCAAAAUGUUAUGUAUAUAGUUCUCAUCGACAAAACCAUAAUAUCAUAGUUGGUGUAUACAUUGGUGUUAACAUUAGAAAAGUUCUGAAUAUUCGCCCCUAUGUAGUUUCUUUUAAUUGAAAAUUAGCUGCGGUUCUCAUGUCAUGAUAUGUAUAUUAAACGUGACGGGUCCUUUUACGGUUAUCUUCAUUCCUUUUUGUGUGAAUAUUGUAUUUGAUAUGAUGCCAAAAAACGAGAAAAAAAUGAUGAUCAAUAUGUUCCUUCAUUUUGUUAAAGGUUCAUUAUGCUUUUAUUAAAGAACAGCAAGACGAUAGUUGUGUGGAUAUUUACAAUAUUCGAAACUGUCUUUCUUUCGUAUUGUGUCAAUUACAUGUAUAUCUAUGAACAGUGUGAAUACGUUCUAGAAUAAAUAUAACACAUUCAA